GAGCAGCAGAUGUGUGAAAGUAAUAAGUCACGUGCAACCCCAAAAACACAUGGCAGUAAAAGCCUUUCCUCUACAACACACAAUGGACGGAAGAGCCGAUGUUGGAGAGGAGGUAUUCUGGAAGAGAUGAGAUUGAGAUGCAUCCACCCUCUGCUCUCAUGUCUCAUCAACUCCAACUAUGAUCUUUUAUCAAGCAAAGGCAACUUCUCUUGGUGGAGCAGCAAAGCAAAAGAAAAAUGAGACUCAGCCAGGGCUAAUAGUCCUUGAUCUGAUUGACAAUAAUCUUGUUUUUGUUUCAAUUUAUGUGUCUUUUACUUAUUGGAUGGACUUGGUUUAGUGCUGAUUUCAUUUGGUAAUUUGUUUUGUGUUGUAAUUAAGUUGUUAAGCAUGUUGUGUUAUGGAAUUUCUGCUCUGUUUGAUUGAUAUAACGUGGCUCUGUUAUCAAUUUGAGAUGUAAUUUUUGUAAUAUCUUUCGUCUUUGAUAUAUUGUUAUAAUUUCAAAUUCUCUUUGCUUUGCCGACUUGAGCAUUGAAUUGGAGAACACUCUGGCAGCCCUUCAUCGUUGGCCUUGUUCCACUGGCAGUUUGAAGUGAACGGUAAAGGGAGUUCAGUUUAGGAAUCACCAAAACAGAAAAGGCAGGGCAUGGUGGAAAAUUACAGCUUUAAAAUAAUUGCUCAACUCUCAUGAAUUCCUAAUGCAUGGAUUUAUGCUCAUGAAGCAGUUGAAGAUGGGGAACUUGGUGAUGAUGCUGAUGAUGUUAAUUUUAAUGAUGAAGAGAGAUUCUAAUGGUAAAGCUAGUAGUAAAAAGGGGGUAGUUUUCGAUUUGUUGAGCGAAGAAAAGUAUGAAGAUGCCAUCAAAUUUUCUUUCUAUGAACCUACCAAAAAUUGUUAUGGAAAGAAACUUCGGUUGACAGCAGAGAAGCACAAAUAGUGAAAGAACCCUUCAAUGCCUUCACCUCUUCCUCCUGAACCAAUUGCUCUCAACUAUGGUUGUGAUGCAAAUCAUGAUAUCCGUCUUGCUACAGUUACUAAACCCACUAAGCAAUUGCAGAGGAAAGGUAGGGAGAUUGGCCAUGGAAGUUGAAUUUAACCAGCAGUAAGAGCACAGGAAGUGAAGCAAAAUAGAGGCUUUAGCAAGAGAUUGGCCACCAUUUGCCUCAGUUGUUCAUAAUGAUAUAUUGAUUUAUCUAGAAAAGUUGAUGUAUAUUGCCUUUUCAUCAUUCUGAGGAUUGGUUCUGUGCUUUUUCUGGAAUCAAAGGGGAAGGAUGGAAGCCAGGCGGUAAUGAGACUGCUUCUGUGAAUACCUAUCCAAUCCAAGAAGCAUCAUACUAGGGAAUUGGAUCUAGUCUUGCCAUCAUGGAGAUGGUUACUCUUGACAGGGAACAGAGAUCUUAUCUUGAAAAUUUUGCUGAUUGUGUUCAUUGAUGCUUACUUACCGGGACCAACUGAUACUUAGAAUGAUAUUUUGUAUGCAUAUUUGUUGAACGGUUGUGAAUAUAUUUGUGAUCUGAAGCUCUUUCUAUCAAGGUACUGAUAAAACAAAGAAUGAGUCUUCAU